UGAGCAGCCUCAGGACCGCCGGCCUCCUCCCUGCAUCCUCCUGCAGCCGCAGCAUCUCCUUCCUCUGCCUGCAGACCCCCUCCCUGCCUCCGAUUACUGCCUCCGCCUGACACACUUUCUGCCCGCUAUCCUCGCCCCAUGCGCUCUCAGGGCACAUAAUGCCCACACGCUCUGCUUGUCUUGGUCUCGCUUGCCCUCUCUCCCCCUGUCCGGGUCUGUGAGGAGUUUCUGGGCAUGUAGCUGGGCCGCUCACCAUGUUCCGGAGGAGGCUUUCGGACUGGUCUGACCUGGACACCAGUUCCCUGGUGGAUUUGGAGAAGGAGGCUUCAGAGCUGCUGGGAGAGUCGCCUGGCGUGUUCUCCAAUGGAAGGGCUGGAGACCCCGGCUAUUAUAGAGAUGAAGAGGAGGAUGAAGAUCCAAUAUACAUCCCCGAUUCCGACACAUACAGUCCUAGCGAGAACUUCUUCAAGGACGGCAAGACCCAGAUCGACUUUGUGCUGGUUUGGGAGGAAAAGUUCCAAUCAUCAAAGAAGAACCGGUCAAAGGGAAGAUCUCAGGGGCAGGAGCCGGGCCCCCAGUCGGCUAAGGCAAAGAACCAAGGAGAGAAAGAUAAGUACAGGAGACGCUUCCACCGUAACAUACUGAAAGCUGGGCUACUGUGUGAGAAGGAGCAGACGGUGAGUGAGAGGAAAUCUUUGCACUACCUGAAGCUGAGCGCCCCAUGGGAGAUCCUGGUGUACUAUGCAGAGGAGCUGAGUAUGAGAGCUCCACUCCAGGCACAGCCAAACCCUGAUACCAACACAUCAGACACGGUGCUCCAGAAAGUCCACCUCCCAAACCCCAUGUACCAGCAUGUUCCGAAUAAACCCCUGGAUUACUACACCUGCGCCUUCCGCAAGUCCAAGCUCCAAAGGUUUCUGGGAAGUGAGUAUCACUCCAGCUUCUUCACCAACACUCAGCGGAGUCGAAUUGUGUAUGAGAUUCUCUCCUGCACAGCCUAUGGGAAGCGCAAACAUGCAGAAAUUGGCAUUGAACGCAUGCUAAAGGAGGGAAUAUACACAGCAGCCUUCCCCCUGCACGAGGGCCCCUACGAGAUGCCAGAAUACCCUGUGCCCCCCGGCAGUCUGAAUCCCCGUCAGAUCCUCUAUUACUAUUGGGCGCGUUGGGCUCAGUGGUACAAAUACCAGCCAUUGGACCAUAUCCGGGAGUAUUUUGGGGAGAAGGUAGCCAUAUACUUUGCCUGGCUGGGAUUUUACACGGCCUGGCUGCUCCCUGCUGCCGUUGUGGGAACCUUGGUCUUCAUCUCUGGCCUCCUGACCAUGGGCAGCAACACAGUUGCGCAGGAGGUUUGCCAGAGCGGAAAGCAGUAUCUGAUGUGCCCUCUCUGCGACACGUGUGCCACCUGGUACAUCUCUGAAAUCUGUCCCAUGGCAAAGGUGGGGUAUUUGUUUGAUCAUCCCGGAACAGUCUUCUUCAGCGUAUUUAUGUCCUUCUGGGCAGUCACGUUCCUUGAGUACUGGAAGAGGAAGAACGCGGCUCUGGCUCAUCACUGGGACUGCAUGGACUUCCAGGAGGAGGAGGAAUGUCCCCGUCCUGAGUUUGCAGCGAUGGCUCCUCAGAUGGCCCAGAACCCCAUCACAGGGAUACAGGAGCCGUACUUCCCAGAGCGCCAUCGCCUGUCCAGAAUACUGACCGGCUCCAUGGUCAUCGUUAUCAUGCUCUGCGUGGUGAUGAUUUUCCUGGUUUCGGUGAUCAUGUAUCGUGGGAUCGUAAGCAUGAUGAUGUAUCACACCGGAAACACCAUCCUCAUGACACAGGCCGGUAAUAUAGCGAAUAUCAGUAGCACCAUGGUGAACCUGGUCCUUAUUCUGCUGAUGAGUCAGGUCUACACGUCGCUGGCUGAGAAGCUGACACGUUGGGAAAUGCACCGCACGCAAUCUCUCCACGAAGAUGCUUUUACCUUUAAAGUUUUCAUCUUCCAGUUUGUGAAUUUCUACUCAUCUCCAUUCUACGUGGCGUUCUUCAAAGGCAGGUUUGUAGGGUAUCCCGGCCAGUAUGGGAAGCUUCUGGGCAUGAGGAACGAAGAUUGCGGCCCCGGGGGCUGCCUCAUCGAACUCGCUCAACAGCUCUUCAUUAUCAUGGUUGGUAAACAGAUUGCCAGCAACAUCCAGGAGUUUAUCAUCCCGAAGCUGAAAUCGUGGCGUCAGAAGCGUCAGUUGGCCAAAGUGCGAGGGACCCAGCUCUCGGAGGAGCCCAAACGCUGGGAGGAAGACUACGAACUCAUUGAGUGUGAGGGGCUGUUUGAAGAGUAUCUAGAGAUGGUUCUCCAGUUUGGAUUCAUCACCAUUUUCGUUGCCGCCUUCCCGCUGGCUCCCCUCUUCGCUCUUCUAAAUAACUGGGUAGAGAUCCGCCUGGACGCCCAGAAAUUUGUGUGUGAAUAUCGCCGUCCUGUGGCGGAGCGCGCUCAACAUAUAGGAGUCUGGUUUCUUAUGCUUGAAACGUUAUCUCAGCUCUCCGUCAUAGUGAAUGCCUUCCUCAUCGCCUUCACCUCAGAUUUCCUGCCACGGCUUCUGUAUCAGUACGAAUACAACAGCGACCUGGACGGCUACCUGAACUUCACGCUCUCCUACUCACCCCACAGCUACACGUCCAGGAACCACACUAUGUGCAGGUAUAAGGCUUUUCGUGAUGACAGUGGGAGCUACACGCUGUUCUACUGGAAGCUGCUGGCCGUGCGUCUUGGGUUCAUCAUCGCUUUUGAGCACGUGGUGUUUUUCAGCCUGCGCUGUAUCGACUGGAUGGUUCCUGACAUCCCGGAGUCUGUCGAGAUAAAAGUGAAGAGGGAGAGAUAUCUCGCCAAACAGGCGCUGGCCGAUAACCAGGACGUGCUGCUGACGGUGAGUCCCGGCUGCAGCUCCCCAGCAAGUAGCCCUUCGCCCGACGGCUUGAGCGUCUGACGGGAGUGACAUCACAGGACGUGGUGUGAGGUAUUUGGCCAGAGAAUUACAUCACAACGGCAACUGGAUCACGCG